AGUCAAAUGAUCGUGGUGUAGUUCAUUUAUAGCGUAAGGUUUGCUGUUUAUUUCUGGCGAAUGUAUUUAGGCUUCAAACUUCAUAAAAGUUGUUUUCAUUUGUGAAAAUUAUCUUGACGGACAAAACGUGUUAGUAUUGUAAACUUUUGUUGGUCACAGAGCUUAUUUUUUUCGAUAAUCCAAAAGCCUAUGAGAAAAUCCUAUUGGAUGUUUGCCGAGGGAACCAGUGUGAUGCUGACUUCCAGGUUCCCGUACGAAAUGACAUCAUCCCUGCACCUCUCUAUUCCUGCCCAUGUUCAGGAAGCUCCGCCGCCAGGAUCUAGAGCAUCUAAAAAAUGAUUGACAGGAGGCACAAACACUGGUUUCCAAACAUGUUUUUUUCAGCCACAUAAACAGCUGCUUGUGCUGAGGCCAUGGCUUUUACAAUAAUUUAAAAUCAUGUUCUACAGAUUUCCCAGAUUUUAUUUGUACAUGUAAGAAAUAAAUUUAAAAAAUCAACUAUUGCACCUUUAACUCCCUCUGCAAUAUAAAACAAUAUAAAGAAAGUUAUUUUCCCUCUCCUGCUGCUUUAGUAUUUACAUCUAUCUAUCUAUCUAUCUAUCUAUCUAUCUAUUCAUUUAUUUAUUUUUCUAUAAAUAAAUCGACUCGACUUCUUUCUAAUUUUGGUGGGAAAAAAACACAAGCUGGCCAGCGCUCAGAGUACGCUUCCUAGAAAGGAGACUGAAAAGGGGUGUAUGUGUGUGUGUGUGUGUGAGAGAGAGAGACGGUACGAUGCGCAUGCGCAGUGCGCAAUCAGAGCAUGCGGCAGGAGCAUUUAUCAGUUCCCGACAUUCCAGAAGGUCUUCCGUUGUUUUUGUGGAUUAAUCGGAUUUUAUUCUUCACCAUGCGCGCGAUCAUGAAGCUCCUCAUCUGCUGUGUGUUCAUGCUGUUCCUGGUGAAUGUGGUUCCAGCUGCAGGUUCUACCACAGAACACCUGUCAUGCUGCUUUGAGCAGCUUGGUAAUGGCUCAGCGGUGUACAUACUGAACAACACCGUGGAGUCCGAUUUCACACAGUGGACCAGAAACAAGACACCCAUUAAGGAUGAACAUGGCAAUGUGCACAAGAGCAUUGUCAUAGGCUACGGUCAGAACUGGAUCACCCUAAAUCAGAGUUACUUAGACAUUGAAUUCUACUUUCAGACAUAUGAUAUGAUGAAAAAUCAAGAAGUUCAAUGUACAGGGCAGGGGUGGGCAAUCUUAUCUGGAACGGGCCGGUGUGGGUGCAGGGUACCUGGUAUCCCUGGAUUCCCUGGGUCGAGACGGUGGAGAUAUUUGUGUGAACCGGGAUCAGCUAACCUUCUGAUUGGAGAGAAGCAUGAGACAAAUCAGAGUGACAGAGGUGACGGAGGUACCGGCCUGAACACUGCCGGGAGGGCUGGAAUUGGUGUUUCUGUCUUCAUUUUCAUCGUCAUAGGCGUGAUAUGGUGAAUACAAUGUUACAGGUUCCAGGCUGUCGUUCAGGACGAUCAGCGGGAAGCAGCUGUCUGACUCACUUUAGUGUUACACUGGCUGUAUAUUAUUAACUAAUUCUCUAGCAUUUAGCACUUCCUGUGUAUGCAUUUAUAGAGAUGUUACGUUCUUAUUUACUGGAUUAGCGAGCUAGCAUCCCAAAGUCCAGGCUUUAUGUUACAUAAGCAGUUCCUCUCCAGCUCACAAGAUUAUUUUAAUAACCAAAAAUUCAUAAUGAACUUCUGUAUACACUUUUACAAGUCUAUUUUGAAUCUUACUGGCUAACAUUCUUUUUAAAAUGUAUUGCGUUCUUUAGACACACACACACAUUUUCAUAAAUAAAAAAAUAGGUAGGAUAUAUUUAACCAAAAUCAACAGUCGCAUUUCACAUUAACAUUAUCAUUAACAUAAACAUAACCCUGAGCCUAGGUAGAUUUUAAUAUUUACACACUUCAUGCAAAUUUAUUCACCUUUUUAACUGCCACAGAGAAUUGUGAGGCACCCAGAAUGCUGGCGAGGAAGGAAGGGUAUAUUCGACGCAUCAAGACACACACCUGAGACUUUGGGACACUAAUCAGCUAAUGCUAUUUUUUAAAUGUACUUUUUUGAAUUUAAUUUACUUAUAUUAUAAGCUUGCUUUAUUUCUUUUAGUGAAAUGUUUAGUGAAAUGUACUUGUUAGCAGAGAUGGUCAGUAAGAGUGUCUUUGUGUAACAGAGGCAGUUGGAUGUUCAUGCAAAUGUUAGCUAGCGAUAACUAGCAAGCUAGCAUAGUGCCACUCUUUUAUACACCUCAUUGUUCAGUUUAUUAUCUAAAAAAACCUCUUAGACAACUUUUAGCUUUUAUCUGAAAUUAACAAGACAUAAAUUUUGAUAAUAACAACAGUGCUAAUAAUGCAAAUACUACUGCUACUAGUACUACUAAUAAUAAUAUUAACAAUGCCUGUCUCUGGAUAUCUGGAAAGGUCACACAUAUAUAAUGAAUAUACAAGGACAUCUAUACGCUAUCAUCCUUUUGGCUAGUUUGCUAAUAUUUUCCGAUAUUAUCACGACAUUAUUUUACUACGUUGCUAAAUCAGUCGUUCUGGCAACAUUCAGCUGUUAUGCUGCCUUCCUUCUGAAUGGGACACUACCGUUAUAUCACUGGAGAAAACGUUGUGUUAAUUAUUAAUAAAUGAAUCGUGUGAUAUUAGUGUAUUCAUUGUUGUCUUCGAAUGACAUUCCACAGUGUGUGUGAGCGGAUUUACAGCCAGAAUAUACAUUUCAGCCUGACAUAUUGUCGUUCCAUCAAACUGUCAGACGGUGGCGCUGGACUUAACACCGCUCCUCACGCCAGCCGAUAUCACACAACAAACAUGUGCUUAAGAUCAAAAUCAGAAUCGAGCGGAACCGAGACACGCCCCCGUUCUAUAUAAACUCUGCCCCCGCGUGCUUAACUUCUGAAUAGUGUUGAAGUCAGUAGUUACGUCUGAGGUCUAAAUACUGAUGUGUGGAAUUUCAGUGUUUAGGAGAUGAUCUCAGAGAUGAACUCUACUAUUAUAUUAUCUUAUUGUAUAACUGAUUAUUGACGUUAUAUUAUAGACAAUGUUUAUAUAUAUUAAUAUCCACUUCUAUAUAUAAAACUAAUAUGAACUAUUAAUAUUCAUGCCAGUUCUAUUAUUAUUAUUAUUAUUAGUAGUAGUAGUAGUAGUACAGUACUUGCGUGAAGUGAGUACUUGUGUCUGAUUUUGCCUUUUUUCCGAUCAGAUGGAAAAUUUUAUGCCCUGUCAUUUUGAUCUUUUGUAGAAUUUGAUCAUCCAGUCAAUUAUUCCUCUCAGUUCCUCGUUCAUGUUUUAAUGUUCUACAUUAGAGCUUCCUCUUCCAUUUCUGUGUUUAAAUCCUCUUUGAAGACUUAUUUGUAUUCUUUAUGUUUUAAUCGAGGGUGUAAAUUUUUCAUUCCUCCUUUUUGGUUUUUGUUUACUCGUUUAAUUUGUUUUAAUUCUGUUUUAUAUUUCUUGUACAGUGCUUUGCUUUCAACAUUUGUUGUUUUAAAUGUGCUUUAUAAAUCUGCACUGGUUUUUACUGAUGACAAUCUAAUUUUAAUAAUGUUUUGUGAUUAUGUGUGAUUAUUGUUCUGCUUUGCAUAAACACAGCCAAUAAAGUGUGUAACACUGUG